UUUAAGUGACUACUAAUGCAACUUUACUAUUACUCUUCAGAGUGGAUGUUGGCCCCAAACUCUGUCAGUCUUGCAUCGAUUCAGCUACCAGCAACAUCACAGAAAAAUGUCCAGGAGAGAAAGAGGCGAUCAUAUGGUUCGAUGAGUGUCUCGUGCGCUACUCUAACAGAUCGUUCUUCACUAUCAUGGAAGAAACACCAGCACUUUAUAUGUGGAACGUUAACAACGUAACAGAUCCCAACAAGUUCCUCCAGAUUCUGAUGGAAACUUUCAAAAACGUGACGGACACGGCAAUUUCCUCCGAAAGAUUAUACGCGACCAUCGAGUUUCAAUACUCAAGUUUAGUGACCCUGUAUGAGCUUGUGCAGUGCACCCCCGACUUAUCAAAGUUAAAUUGUUCUGAUUGCUUGGCUUAUGCGAUCGGUCAACUUCCUACCUUUAUCAGUGGCGGAAAGCAAGGUGGAAGAGUUCUUCUGCCAAGUUGUAAUGUCCGGUACGAAUUGUAUCCUUUUUAUGGGGAACCUAGAGGACAAGCACCAGCACCUUCUGCAACUAACAAAACCAGAACUGAGCCCAGCAUUAAAGGGGUCGAACGGAGAAAAGCUCCAUGGAUUCCAAUAAUUAGCUCAGUCAUUGGAUCGUGUUUACUAAUGUUCAUCGUGGGUUCAUGCAUUUUUUUAAAAAGGACAGAGAUAUUUAAGAAAGUGAAGGAAAACAGCCAAGAGAUUCAGUUACUUCAUCUGAGACAAGAAAUUGGAGAAGAGUUUCCAUCAGAUACCUGCCGAGAAGAAAAGCCGGUGGAUUCUCAUGAAUUCUCUCUGAUACGAUUAGAUGUCAUACGCACAGCCACUGCAAACUUCUCCAAUGAAUGUAAACUUGGGGAAGGCGGGUUUGGCCCUGUGUACAAGGGAAGAUUGGCAGAUGGAAAAGAAAUUGCAGUUAAGAGGCUUUCAAGAACCUCAGGCCAAGGACUCAUCGAGUUGAAGAAUGAAGUCAUUUUGAUUGGCAGAUUACAACACAGGAACCUCGUCCGGCUAUUGGGAUGCUGCUUGGAAGAACCUGAAAAACUCUUGAUAUAUGAAUACAUGCCCAACAAAAGCCUGGAUGUCUUCCUUUUCGAUUCAACUAUGGGGCAAUCUUUAGAUUGGAAGAUGCGCAUGAAGAUCAUCUUUGGAGUAGCUAGGGGACUUCUAUAUCUCCAUGAGGAUUCUCGCCUAAGAAUUAUCCAUAGGGAUCUAAAAGCUAGUAAUAUUUUACUAGAUAAAGGGAUGAACCCAAAGAUAUCUGAUUUUGGAAUGGCAAGGAUCAUUGGUGUAAAUCAAGAGGAGGCCAACACGAAUAGGCUUGUUGGAACCUAUGGAUACAUGGCACCGGAAUAUGCGAUGGAAGGACUCUUUUCCGUUAAAUCAGACGUCUUCAGUUUUGGAGUUCUCUUGCUAGAGAUUAUAAGCGGGCAAAAGAGUAAAGGUUUUCAUCUUCAAGAGCAUAGUGAAAGCCUUCUCACCUUUGCAUGGAAGUUGUGGUCCGAAGGUCGAGGGUUGGAACUUACCGAUCCGUCAAUCAAAGAGUCAUGUGAUGGAGUUCAAGUGCUAAAAUGCAUACACAUUGGUCUACUGUGCGUUCAAGACCCAGUGGAUCGACCAACCAUGUCGCUCGUGGUUCAUAUGCUAGGAGGCGAUACUAUCCCACUUACUCAACCAUCACAGCCUACAUUCUCAGUUGGGAGAGAUGUGAAAUCACUCGAUAGGAUUGGUUUGAUUCACAAAGCUUCUACUACUAAUGAAGUAUCCCUUUCAGAUGUUUCUCCUAGGUGACCAAAUAUCAUCAGCUCGUCUUAAAUUGAUUUCUCUUUAUACAAUGGAAAUAGUUCGCAAUUUAAUAAAAUAUAAUGAUAAUUACAGUGUGUGAUCUCCUUUGCAUUGUGACUGUCAUUUCUUAUUGAUGAUUUGCCUUGUGAUCGUUUCAUGUAUGAAGGGUAAAAAGCCUGUUAAUUAGUCAUCAUUUCUAUUCCAGUUCA